UUCUAUUUAUUGAAUUACUGAAAGCUUUUAGAGUAAAAGCAGAGUUAGACUGGGAGCACAUUUUAGAACUGUGAUUUAAUAUUAGAGGAUUGCAAUACACACUUAAACCUAAGAAUUGGUACCAAGAGCUCUCCCAGGACCAAGAUUUUUUUCUAAACUGGGCUUUUAACAGAAAAGAUUCUGCUAGUGCAGCAGCUUUACAGUUUGGGGGAAUUACCCACCCUUUCCACUGAGUAUUUUACAUUAUUUACAUUUCACAAUAUACACUUUUGCUCAGCCCUUGCUUAUUCAGGUGAAAUGAAAACACGUAUGUGCUCACAUCUGCACAGUGCCAGAGGGGACACAGCAAUCCCUGGAAGUGGUGGCUCUUCCUUUGCAGUGAUCUUGUUUUUCUAGCAGGACAGAGAAAAUUUCAGACUUUCAGAAUCCUGUAGCUACCUAGAUGAGCUAUUUUAUCUUUGCCCUUUGCUAAGCCAGUGUUUGAUUUUAUGUAGGAGUAAAGACAGUGAGCGAAUUCUGGUCCUGCAGUGAAAAGUCCUUAUAAUCUUGGUUGCUCACAAAACAUGCCAGAAUUAAAAAUCACAAAAAUACAACCAGCUGCUCUAAUCUUCCAUGCAGUACAUUUAAAGCCAUGGGUAAUUUCACUGACUCUGCAGAGAAUGUCCAAUUGCUAAAUAGCAAUCUACACAAUUCAGGAAAGCAGAGCAUGGUCUCAGGAGCCAAAAAGCAGAGCACACUUGAGGCCUGUGUGGUUCCCCCUGGGCUGGGUGAGGACCUGGGUGUUGCUGUGCCUGCCACUAAACAUCAGUCAGUGGAAGGUGUAGGAUGGCAAAAAUAAAAUAACACUGGACAAACAGGAAUGGCUUCAAACCAAAAGAGAGUCAGGUUGGAGUAGAUGUCAGGCAGAAAUUAUUCCCUGCAAGGAUGGCACAGGAACCAGUUGUCCAGAGAAGAUGUGGGUGCCCCAUCCCUGGAAGUGUCCAAGGCCAGGCCGGAGGGAUAUCCUGGAUGUGUCCAAGGCCAGGCUGGAGGGAUAUCCUGGAUGUGUCCAAGGCCAGGCCGGAGGGAUAUCCUGGAAGUGUCCAAGGCCAGGCUGGAGGGUAUCCUGGAAGUGUCCAAGGCCAGGCUGGAGGGUCUCCUGGAAGUGUCCAAGGCCAGGCUGGAGGGUCUGCUGGAAGUGUCCAAGGCCAGGCUGGAGGGUCUCCUGGAAGUGUCCAAGGCCAGGCUGGAGGGUCUGCUGGAGUGUCCAAGGCCAGGCUGGAGGGUCUCCUGGAGUGUCCAAGGCCAGGCUGGAGGGUCUCUUGGAAGUGUCCAAGGCCAGGCUGGAGGGUCUCCUGGAGUGUCCAAGGCCAGGUUGGAGGGUCUGCUGGAAGUGUCCAAGGCCAGGCCGGAGAGUCUGCUGGAAGUGUCCAAGGCCAGGCCAGAGGGUCUGCUGGAAGUGUCCAAGGCCAGGCCAGAGGGUCUGCUGGAAGUGUCCAAGGCCAGGCUGGAGGGUCUCCUGGAGUGUCCAAGGCCAGGCUGGAGGGUCUGCUGGAAUGUCCAAGGCCAGGCUGGAGGGUCUCCUGGAGUGUCCAAGGCCAGGCUGGAGGGUCUCCUGGAGUGUCCAAGGCCAGGCUGGAGGGUCUGCUGGAAGUGUCCAAGGCCAGGCUGGAGGGUGUGCUGGAGUGUCCAAGACCAGGUUGAGGGGUCUGCUGGAAGUGUCCAAGGCCAGGCCAGAGGGUCUGCUGGAAGUGUCCAAGGCCAGGUUGGAGGGUCUCCUGGAGUGUCCAAGACCAGGUUGGAGGGUCUGCUGGAAGUGUCCAAGGCCAGGCCAGAGAGUCUGCUGGAAGUGUCCAAGGCCAGGCUGGAGGGUCUCCUGGAGUGUCCAAGGCCAGGCUGGAGGGUCUCAGACCAUCCUGGUCCCCUCUGAGGUGUCCCUGCCCACGGGACACCUUCCAUCCAAACCAGUCCAUGAUUCCAUAACACCCUCCAGGGUAUGAUUCCUGAUGCCUUCACUGCAUGGCUGGCCCCUCACUAGAUGUUUAUUGCUGGAAGUCAGGCACUGUAAAAUGCAGCAGGAAAAGGCUGGGAAGGUUCACCUGCUUCACUGGGGUAACCUGUGCCUGUUUCCCUCCU